AGUGAGAGAGAAAGAAAGACUCUCUCUCUCCUCUCAGCACGUAUCCCCCCACACACACACACACACAUGAACAUGAUCGCACUCACACUCUCACACAUACAUACACUCACAGACGCACUCUUGCUUUAGGGUACCAGGCGGCUUGGUGUUCUUCUCCUUUGUUGUUUUUGUCAUUCAUCAGUCUUGGUAAGGUGUGCUGUGCUGUGUGAGUCUCGCUGGGUGAGGAGUCUGUCUGCGUGGCUGUCUGAGAAUGCCAUCUACACUACGGUAAGCCACACACUGUUCCUUCUCUCCCUCUCUUCUCUUCUGCAGUCUCUCUAUCUCACUGGGGUACCUAGCCCCUGCAACGCACAUCCUCUGCUUCUUUUUCCUCCCUCCCUCUCUCUCUCUCUCUCUCUCUCUCUCUCUCUCUCUCUCUCUCUCUCUCUCUCUGUCUGUCUGCCGCUCCACUCUCUCCUUCGCGCUUUCCUCUCGGCUGUGCGCUCUCUCACCAUCCUUACCUUCGCCGCCUCUCCUCCCUCAUCUCUCUCUCCCUUCCGCUUCGCCUCAUUGGUGCUGCCCUCAUUCCUUUUUUCCAUUAAGCUCCAGGCCCAUUGGUUGCCUGCCUUCAACCAUUAUCUUCUCUCCUCCUUCCGUCUUCCUCUUUCUAUCUCUUGCCUCUCUCCUCUUUUUCUCCCUUGUUCCCUCAUCUCCAGCCGACUCUCAAGUCAAAAUUAUUUGCAUACAGGAGGACAUGAUAAGUUUUCAGGGAGCAGUGUGAGUGUGUGAGGGGUAAAGAACGAGUGGGAUAAAAGAUAAAGAAAGAAAGAAAGAAAGACAGACAGACAGAAAGAAAGAAAAGAGAAGAAGAGAAAAAGAAAGAAAGAAAGAAAGAAAGAAAGAAAGAAAGAAAGAAAGAAAGAAAGAAAGAAAGAAAGAAAGAAAGAAAGAAAGAAAGAAAGAAAGAAAGAAAAGAAAGAAAGAAAGAAAGAAAGAAAGAAAGAAAGAAAGAAAGAAAGAAAGAAAAGAGGACGGACAUACUGGAGCAUAAAGAAGUUUGGGAGAAGACUGCAUUCUGAGACUGAAAAUGAAUUUGGAAGAGUGGUGAGCUCUUUUUCUCCAGUUUAACGUCUACUAUCUUGGGCCACGGAGGAAGCAGAGGUCUGGACCAAAGAGAAAUCUCACCCCAAACCAUUUCAGAUGGAGGUGGAUGCAGAUGAGAAGUGCCAUCGAACACGCUCCAAAGGUAUCCGAGUGCCUGUGGAACCAGCGAUACCAGAGCUGUUCAGGCUAGGAGAAGGUUUCUUCAGAGAUAACAUUCUGGGCCCACCUAUAUCAAUAAAGAAUAUGCCACCUGGCCACCUACACUGUCCUACACAAGGCUGUGAUGGGAGUGGACACGUCAGCGGCAAAUAUGCAAGACAUCGAAGGACAGUGACCCGAAACUCACCUCCAGGUUAUUUGGCCAAGAAGGAGAGUUAUGGAGUGCUGCAUCAGAUGUCUUGGCCUCCACAAUCACACGACCUCAACCCAAUUGGACUGCAGAGUGAAGGAAAAGCAGCCAAUAAGUGCUCAUUUUAUGUGGGAGGUCAUUCAAGACGAUUGGAAAAGCAUUCCAGUGUGUACGGCUGCCCUCUGGCCAAGAAGAGGAAAACAGUGGACAGACAGCCUCUGGAACCCCUGGAAGUGCUGGAGCCCAUACUGGAACCCCUUGAACCAGCAUCUAAGGGGACACCACUCAUAACCCAGAUGGACAACUCUACUAUGGAGGAAAGCUACGAGACGGACGGAACGGAGGAGAUGGAUGAUAGAGAGGAGGAGGUGGAGGAGGGAGUAGAGGAUGGGGGAGAUGAGGAAGAGGAGGAGGUAGAGGCUGAGGAAGAGGAGAGAUACUCGGAUGACAAUGAAGAACAGAUGGAGCUGGAAGAAGGAGAUGUGGAGAGAGGGGAGGGAGAGGGGGAGGAGGUAGAUGUGGAACAAGAAGAGGAGGAGGAGGAGGAAGAGGGAGUAGAAGAGGAGGAAGAGGAAGAAGAUGAGGAAGAGUAUGAGGAGGAGUUUGAUGAGCAGAGUCAAGGCAAAGAGGAUGAUCAGUGUGUCGGCGGUGGCGGCCAUCCUAGAUCCGGUCCGAUGGGGGAGAAGGACGACAACAACAACGAUGAAUAUGAGAACUAUGAUGAGCUGGUGGCCAAGUCUCUGCUCAACCUAGGGAAGAUAGCAGAGGAUGCUGCCUACCGCGCCAUGACCGAGUCUGAGAUGAACAGCAACUCCUCCAACAGUGCAGAGGAAGAGGAGGAGGAGGAGGAAGAAGAAGAAGAGGAGGAGGAAGAAGAAGAGGAGGAUGAGGAAGAAGAGGAAGAAGAGGAGGAGGGUGGGGAGGAAAUUCAAAGGAAGGGUGAGUUGACUCUGGAUGUGGACAGUGAUGUAGUGAGGGAGACAGUGGACUCUCUGAAGCUGCUGGCCCAGGGUCAUGGGGCUGUGCUCUCUGACAACCUGGAUGGAGGAGACUAUGAGGAAGGGACGGAGGAGAACGGGGAAGGGAGUCGUAAUGGAGGAGGUGGAGGUGGUAACGGUCAGGGUAAACCCUCCAACAGACUGGAGGAGAGUGAUGAGGAGGUGUGUCUAAGCAGCCUGGAGUGUCUGAGAAACCAGUGCUUCGACCUGGCCCGCAAACUGAGUGAGACGCAGCCGGCCGACCGCUUGGGCACAGGCCUCCCCCAUCAGAGCUACCCUGGCGGUGGGGACACCCAGGGGCAGCACCCACAUCUCAACCCCCACUCCCUCCCCCACCAGCCUUGGUACGGGGAUCUCCAGCAGAGCCAGGAGGAGAGGCGCACCCUGGAGAGGAACUACUCUGACAUGGUCAACCUGAUGAAGCUGGAGGAGCAGCUGAGCCCGCGCUCCAAGGCCUUCUCCAGCUGCUCUCAAGACGACCGCUACCACAACCACAUCCACGACCGGGACGAGGACACGCGGUCUGUGACGUCAGACCACUCAGAGGAGGUGUUUGACAUGACCAAAGGGAACCUGUCUCUGCUGGAGAAGGCCAUCGCGCUAGAGUCUGAGAGGGCCAAGGCCAUGAGGGACAAGAUGGCUGCCGAGGCAGCGCGAAGGGACAGGGUGAGGUAUCAUCAUCACCAUGGAGGCCAUCAUGGGGAGCACCAAUCACGGCACGGCUACGGAGAGGAGCGCAAGGCCCGACUCCAUGAUGGGAUGAAGAAGCCCUACUACCAUAAAGAUUUAUCGCGCAGUGACAAGAAGGAGAGCCGGUGCCCGACGCCAGGCUGUGAUGGCACGGGUCAUGUGACGGGGUUGUACCCUCACCAUCGGAGCCUGUCUGGCUGUCCGCACAAAGACAGGGUACCACCUGAAAUCCUUGCUAUGUAUGAGAAUGUUCUUAAGUGUCCUACACUGGGCUGCACGGGACGCGGCCAUGUCAAUAGCAACAGGAACUCCCACAGAAGUUUGUCAGGGUGUCCCAUCGCUGCAGCAGAGAAGCUGCAGAAAGCCCAGGACAAGAGCAUCUGUUGUGACGGCUCCUCCAAGUCUAACCAGGGUUCUGACCGCGUACUCAGGCCUAUGUGCUUUGUGAAACAGCUGGAGAUCCCUCAGUACGGCUACAAGAACAACGUGUCCACCAGCACGCCGCGCUCCAACCUGGCCAAGGAACUGGAGAAGUACUCUAAGACCAGCUUUGACUACAGCAGCUUCACUGACAGCAGCCACAGCAACAAUGUCUACGGCAAACGGGCCAUCGCACCCAAACUCCAAGGCAGGGACACUUCCCCUAAAGGAUAUGAUGCCAAGCGCUACUGUAAGAACUCCAGCUCGGCAAGUAGCACAACCAGCACCUACGCCCCCAGUAGCAGCAGUAGCAGCCUAAGCUGUGGAGGAGGGGGCGGAGGGGGAGGCAGUAGUGCCAGCUCCACCUGUAGUAAGAGCAGCUUCGACUACACCCACGACAUGGAGGCUGCGCACAUGGCUGCCACGGCCAUCCUCAACCUGUCCACGCGCUGCAGAGAGAUGCCCCACGGCCUGGGAGGAAAACCCCAGGAUCUGUGUACUCGGAACCCAGACCUAGAGGUAGAUGAGAACGGGACAUUAGACCUGAGUAUUAAGCAGCGUUUGGGGGAUGGAGUGGGUGCAGUGCUUACCCCCUUGGAGCCCAUGUCGCCCCAGCGCCUGAUGCGCUACGGCAUGGGGGAUGACUGCUGGGACCUGCCAGUUGAUUACACCAAGAUCAAACGCAUCGACGAGGACAGCAAAGAGACAAAUGACCUGGACCCGUUCCAGGAGCUGCUGGAGCAGCGAGGUUACUCUGAUGAUGUCACCAUGCACAGCACCAAGCCCAAGUACGCCCAGUGCAAAGAGAGCAAGAAGGACCUGAUAACUCUCUCUGGCUGUCCUUUAGCCGACAAAAGCAUUCGAAGUAUGAUGGCUACCAACUCACAAGAGCUCAAGUGCCCGACACCGGGGUGCGAUGGUUCUGGGCAUAAUACUGGCAACUACGCAUCACACAGAAGUCUAUCAGGGUGUCCGCGGGCCAGGAAGAGUGGAAUGAAGAUAACACACAGUAAAGAGGACAAGGAGGACCAGGAGCCCAUCAGGUGUCCGGUCCCGGGCUGUGGCGGUCAGGGUCAUGUGACAGGGAAGUAUGCAUCUCACCGCAGUGCAUCAGGCUGUCCCCUAGCGGCCAAGCGACAGAAGGACGGUUACAUGAAUGGCUCCCAGUUCACAUGGAAGGCUGGGAAGACAGACGGCAUGUCCUGUCCCACCCCGGGCUGUGACGGCUCGGGUCACGUCAGUGGGAGCUUCCUCACACAUCGGAGUCUGUCGGGCUGUCCUCGUGCGACGUCUGCCAUGAAGAAAGCCAGACUGUCUGGACUGUCUGAAAUGCUAACGAUAAAACAGCGCACCAGCAACGGAAUCGAAAAUGAGGAAGAAAUUAAACAGCUGGAUGAAGAAAUCAAAGAUUUAAGUGAAUCAAAUUCACAAGUGGAAGCAGAUAUGAUCAAACUUAGAACACAGAUUACCACAAUGGAGUCUAAUCUGAAGUCAAUAGAGGAAGAAAACAAGAAACCGCUGGCACACAAAGAGGCUUCCAUUAGAAAUAACAGCUGCUUACAGAUGCAUCAGAGAGAGCCGAUCAGCGAUCAGAACUUUGAUGCUUAUGUGACCACUCUAACAGACAUGUACACUAACCAGGAGCAUUACCAGAGUCCAGAGAACAAAGCCCUGUUGGAAAACAUCAAACAAGCAGUGCAAGGAAUCCAAGCGUAACCCAGCCCGCUACCAAGCCCAGCAAAUGACAGAGCAUCUUCUCAAAGAGGAGUGAAAGAAAUCAACAUUCGCAGGAAAGAGCUAGAAGUGACAUGAUAGGAUGAUGCCUCAUGGUUUGCUGCUGUAACAUAGCAUACAGUGUUACAUAUUGAUUUUCAUUCUUAAAAAAAAAAAUGUUAUGCUUAGAAAAAUUCAUAAUGAUUUUUCUUUAUGGUUUUGUGUUGAAGAAAAAAAUUAAUAAAUGACAAAAUAGUUUUUGAAAACAUUCACCUUUUGUACGUUUUCAUACUGUAUGAGCUGACAUAGUGUGAUGUAAUGUUUGAAACUGCUCGCGUAUGCACAUUGUUUGUGUAUAUUCCUGAACAGUAAGCUGUAUAAUUAUUCCUGAACAGUAAGCUGUAUAAUUAUUUCUGAACAGUAAGCUGUAUAACAUAAGACAGUGCUCGAUGAUGAAGCAUUUUAGAUGAAAAAGCUGCACUGGACAGUGAAUUUUUUAUUUUUUAUUUAAAUGGGGGAACUGCACGGAGGUAGAUACUUUUCAAUGAUGUUUUCCUCAAUGGAAGACUUUGGAAUCCUAAAGAUGUUUGUUUUUUCUUGUUUGCAGACUGUUGAAUAGCAAGACUUGGUUGCAAAUUACUUUAUUUUUAACAAUGUCUUCUUUUUUAAAGUUUGGUAGCUAUAGGUGGGGGCAUUUUUUAUGUGUUGGAAAUGAGUAUGGAAAGAAACUGACUUGAUGUUUGUAUGAAUGUAACAGUUUAUUGUAAACAUCAUGACACGGAAACCCAAUGGUGAAAAUCCCAUUAUCUAGAAAGUACUAUUCACUCUUGAUAUUUUGUGUUUGUAGAUACCCAUUGGUGAUGUAUAAUGGCAAUAGAGUACGCAGGACUCAUUCUAGCAUUUAGUAGUUAGUUCUGUUUCAAAUUUCGAAACUUCUGUUGCUAGAAUCGGGCAAUGUCUCAGCAAUAUAUAUCUAAAUCAUAUGUUUAUAGAAAUGGGAUGCAAUCUACGGGAAAAAGGUAUUUGGGUAUAUGCAAUGACUUGUUUAUAAACAUAGGGGUGGAGGAACAAAUUCAUCUUUUUACUAUAUAUAAAAUAACAUGUUUUAUAUAAAUCUUUUAAGUACAAAGAAAGUAUUUAAAAAAGUUGGACAUUCAGUUUUAAAGAUGAAAUGCUCUAUGAGUUCCACUCUCUUUACAGACAAUUUUGCACAUAAGGGACACCUUCGUUUCCAUGUUUUGAUGUUUCUACAGAAACUAAAGCAGUACCUGAGAGCCUACCGGAGGGUGACAAAGGUUUUGUAAAGAGUAUUUAUACUAAAGUAUGAGAGAGAGCGGGUCUUACAGGGUCAUUGUCCCCACUUGCCAGUAGACUAUUUGCACUUGUCUUAGAGAUAGUAUCCUAACAUGCGGCGGUGUGCAAUUUCCAGGUGUUCCUUUUGCACACGAUUGGAGCAAAUAACUGCUAAGAGCCACUAGGUGAUGAAUUAGUACCACUGAAAGAGACUACAGGGAUUUGAAUCAGAAAUUACUAUUAUAACCAUACAAGUAAUACUGUAUUAUCAAAUGGUCAAACAAUGAUGCUAUUUCAUUUUGGUAUGUUAUAUGAAUAUUAAAUCAUCCCCAGCAGCACUUUAUAUCUAAUCACUGUACAAAUUAAAUAGUCAAUCAAUUAAAGGUCAAAAAAAAGAAAGUAAAAAGAGGUUGUUUUCCCAUUAGGCUUGGAGAGUGGGACAUUCACUCUUCUAGUUGACUCUUCUGCUCUGAAUGAGGUGAUGCAGUUUCAUGUCUGUAUGCAGCCCCUCUUUAUGUUGUGGUAUUAGUUGUUAGUGACCAUGUUCAGAAUUGGCCUUCUUGAGAGCUAAUGCAAAGGUGCUUGUCAUUCACCUGAUCUUGUCUAUUGUACUUUUACAUCCUCUUUUAGGGCUCCAUCGUCAAUGACUGCAUACAGUAUGCCUUUCUCCACAGCAUCGUGUCUGCAGCUUUUUAACAAUAUAGUAAUGCUUUCAGUAGAGUAAUACCUAGUAUCAGUUUUUGAAUUAAUUCUCAUUAUCAGUACAAUUGAAAGGGAUUUAAAGCACAAACCGGCUGCUCAUCUACCAUUAGUACAUAAUAUCAAAUUUGAGAAAACUUAUCUGUGACUAUUUACAUAGGGAACACAAAAGGUGUCACAUAUUAGAAUUUUCAUAUAAAUUAUUGUGAAUUCAUCAGAGUUUAUUUAUUAUAACUUAUUCAUUUUGAGGUUGAUUUAAGUAAUCAUGAACAAAAACAGGAUUUUGUACAAACUCUUGUGCUCUCUGUGGAACUGAAGUUUAAUUUAUUUUUGUACUACACAGCAUGGAUUUGUUGACAUUUUAAUUUUGCUAUAAGUGUGUGAGAUCACAAGUUGCUGUGAUAUUUCAUUUUUAAAUUGUGAACUUUGUACAAUUCUUGUCAUGCUGGAUGUUGACACAUCUUACUCUGAAUAAAGAAAAAUUGUGUUGCCA